CAAGUUUUUUUUGUCAUGUUACUGUAUCUUUCGUGUCCUGCCUUCACUAGAUUGGAUUUCAUUAUUAUGCUAGCAGUGUACUGACAUUCUUAAGGUAACUCUGGAAGCCGGCAAAACCUACGCAUGGUGUUCAUGUGGAUUAAGCAACAAUCAGCCGUUUUGUGAUGCUACUCAUAAGAUGGAGGGCCUUACCAAUGUUCGCCCUGUCCAGUUCCAAGUGGAAAAAACUGUUGAUUACCUAUUGUGCAAUUGCAAGCAAACUAAUUCUCGACCGAUUUGUGAUGGGUCUCACAAGAUGGUAAGUGCUGCUCCAAAAGAUCUCCACGCCACACGCUUCGUACAUUUUGGUGACAAUUCACCCGUUUAUGACGGAGUCGCACAUAAACUUGGAUACAGGCCGAAGAAUGGUGGCUUCCAGUAA